AUGGCCAAACCGCUGUAUGUAGCACCACCUCAAUUGCAGCGUAUGCUACUUCAGCUUCAGAAAUAUGAUUUAUACGUGCAACAUGUCCCUGGCAAACAAAUCCCUCUGGCGGAUACUCUGUCCAGGAAGUUCCUACCUGAUACUUACCCGAGCAUGUCAGAAGGUAUCAAUAUGCACGUACACACGGUAUUAGACAUGCUUCCCGUAAGCGAUUGUAAACUUCACGAGAUCCGAUUUGCUACUAGCAACGACCCUGACAUGUGUGAACUCGUAGAGGUCGUGCGACGCGGCUUGCCUGAAAAGCGUUAUUCGUGUCCUUCCUCUGUUCUCGAGUAUUGGAACUUUCGCGAUCAAGUCACGGUCAAUGAGGGUAUUGUCAUGAAAAGUCAGAAAGUCGUUAUUCCUCGAUCGCUACGUCAAGAAAUGAUGGACAAGGUCCACAGUGGGCACAUGGGUGUCGACAAAUGUCUCCAGCGUGCCCGUGACGUCAUAUUUUGGCCAAAGAUGUCAUCAGACAUCACCGACAUGGUUUUGAAAUGUACCACAUGUCUAGAGCGCAGGAACUCUAAUCCCAAGGAACCGAUCUUGCCACGCGCCGUACCAGAGUACUCAUGGCAAACCAUAGCUACCGAUCUGUUCUCUUGGAACGAGCAGGACUUUGUAGUUGCCGUUGACUACUACAAGUUGUCGUGUCAGAUAAUGGUCCUCAAUACUCCUCCGAGGAAUUUCGAACAGGCAGGUCCAUCUACUGUUAUCCCUGAACCUGAUGGUGAUUAUCAGAGUACACAGCCCCCUCCUAUUGCCAAUUCUGAGCCAAGUUCAAAAGCUUCCCCAACACCAUCUGAAUCAGUUGUACCUGCCCCAAAUGCUCCCUAUAUAACCAGGUCAGGUCGAGUUGUGAAAGCAAAAGUAAUUGACUCUAUGUGA